GCUAACGUUACAUACAAACCGAACCGGGGUCACCUUUCCUGUUUUCUGAGCUUUUCUUUAACAACCUGCGGAGUUUUGGGGGAAGUAUUUUGUCUUUUUAGGUCAGAGGUUUUGGUGUGAGUCAGUCUUCGGUGACCUGUGAAGCUCGGUGUCCGUGCUGGCAGCUGAUUUAUCGGCUCCGUGACAGAUGAUUGUGACAGUUGGUGGCUAACAGCGGGCGGAUCACAGAGAUAACCCGGGCGAUGCUGCAGGCGGCUGUCAGGCGCAGAUAAAAACAGAUAAAAUGGACAAUAACGGUCAAAACGCAAACAUGUAGUGUUAGCCACAAGAGGCUCUACGGCUCCGUUUUGUGUUGACACGACGACUGGAGGAGGGAACCAAAAAAAAAAAAAAAAAAUGCCAUCUCCAAGUGGACUUUCUGUUUCACGUUGUUGACGUUUCGCUGACUUUGACCUGUGGCGGCGUAGAGGAGAUGUUUUCUGAAAGUUAGGCUGCUUUACUUCAUUUGUGAUCUGACAAACACACUCGUAGUCGCUUAAUUACUGUAAGGAGUGACAAGCCAGCGGGAUGAUGUGGCUUUUAAUCCGCAUGUCGAGGUGCACCGGCGGGACGCAACUGCCCAAACUCAAGCUGAAACCCACCGGUGCUCACAGACUGUGGUGGCCGGACUACGGGCAGAGCUACCCGGCCAUACGGAGGAAGAGAGAUGCGGCGGCGGCCCCGACCCCUGUUUUCACCCCCUCCUCUCCACGCCUGGCCUUCAUGUCGGUGCUGCUGCCCCGUAGCUCAUCCAGAGCACUCUCUCCGGGCUGUUUACACGCACACCUCGGGGCCAGACGGACUAGGACAGGCACACACACACAGGUUGCCUUCUCCAGCUCCUCGGCCGGCUCCACGCCUGCAUCUACAAGCUCGGUUAAAACACAGACAGAGGGAGCCCGGGCGCCGACCACACUCCCUCUGGAAGAUGUCAAAAGGAUCCUGCAACUCGCUUACCCUGAGAGAUACAGGCUGGGAGCGGCAGUAGGCUUCCUAACUUUCUCCAGUGCUGUCACAAUGUCAGCUCCAUUCUUCCUGGGUAAGGUGAUUGACAUCAUCUACAACACCGGGACAGACACAGAGACCAUGGCGACCUCGCUGACAUCGCUGUGUAUUAUGCUGACGGGAGUGUUCCUCUGUGGCGGGGCUGCCAAUGCUGCCAGGGUGUACCUCAUGCAGAUCUCAGGCGAUCAGAUCAUUCGGAAUCUGCGUGCCACUCUCUUCUCCUCCAUCCUCAGACAGGAAGUGGCAUUUUUUGACCGGACUCGGACCGGUGAGCUGAUCAACCGUCUCUCCUCUGACACGGCCCGGGUCGGCAGCUCAGUCACAGACAAUGUAUCAGACGGCCUGAGAGCUGUCGCCCAGGCAGGUGCUGGCGUGAGCAUGAUGCUCUAUGUCUCCCCCAGUCUUACAGGCUUCGUGUUGCUGAUUGUGCCUCCUAUGGCCGUCCUGGCUAUAGUCUGCGGCCGAUAUCUACGCUCCCUCUCAAAACGAACACAGGACACUUUAGCGGAGGCCACCCAGUUGGCGGAGGAGCGUAUCAGCAACAUUCGUACAGUCAGGGCCUUCGGUAAAGAGCUGUCAGAGGUCAGCGCAUACGCACAGAAGGCAGACGAAGUCCUCAAUCUGGCCAGGCAGGAGGCUGUGAUAAGAGCUGGCUUCUUUGGAGUGACUGGUCUCAGUGGAAACAUCAUGAUCCUGUCAGUGCUGUAUAAAGGAGGCCUGCUGAUGGCCAACCAGCACCUGACAAUGGGAGAGCUCUCAUCAUUCCUUAUGUACACCUUCUGGGUCGGCAUCAGUAUUGCAGGGCUGAGUUCAUUCUACUCUGAGCUAAUGAAGGGUCUUGGAGCAGGAGCCAGGCUGUGGGAGCUACUGGACAGAAAGCCUGAGCUCCCUCUAAAUGAAGGCAUAGUCCUUCCUCCGGGCCAGCUGAAGGGCCAGCUGGAGUUCUGCGAUGUCACCUUCGCCUACCCGUCCCGUAAGGAGGCUCCUGUCUUUGAGAACCUCAGUCUGCUGGUGCCAGCCGGCUCUGUCAUGGCCGUGGUGGGAGCCAGCGGCUCAGGAAAAUCAACCCUGGUGUCGCUGCUGCUCAGGCUCUACGACCCCGAUGCUGGUGUCAUCACUAUAGAUGGGCACGAUGUGAGGGAUCUAAAUCCCUGUUGGCUGAGGAGUCACAUUGGAACUGUCAGUCAGGAGCCAGUGCUGUUCUCCUGCUCCAUCAGAGAGAAUAUAACUUACGGAGCAGUCGACCCGGACUCUGUGACCACAGAGGAUAUCUACAGGGCAGCUCAAGUGGCCAACGCCUAUGAUUUCAUUCAGGCUUUUCCGAAAGGCUUUGACACCGUGGUGGGGGAGAAAGGAGUGCUGCUGUCAGGUGGUCAGAAACAGAGGAUAGCCAUCGCCAGAGCUCUGCUCAAGAACCCAAAGAUCCUGCUUUUGGACGAGGCUACCAGUGCUUUGGAUGCAGAGAAUGAGUUCCUGGUCCAGGAAGCCUUGGAGCGUCUGAUGGAAGGCAGGACAGUUGUGAUCAUCGCCCACCGCCUCUCCACCAUCCAGAACGCGAACGCUGUGGCCGUGUUGGACCAGCGCCGCAUAGCCGAAUGUGGCCAGCACACGCAGCUGCUCAGCAACAGACACGGGCUUUUCCGGAAACUGAUGGAGAAACAGGCCUUCCUGCACGAGGAACAGAAACAGGCUCUACGCUGAGAAGGUGAGGCGGAGGAGGAGGAGGAGACACUGCUGGGAGAAACUGGCUUUUCUCCUCAAAGGGCUCAAACAGUCCCUGUUCUGAGAGGAGAUGAGAAACUGGGCCUUCACUAAUCGGAGGGCUAGAAAGACAUUAUACUAAAGGAGAGAGGAAAUCAGGAGGUCAGCAAGAGACAUGAAGUGAUCCAGGGUUUUUGUCACACUUGCUGAUGUCCUUACCCCAGUCCGCUUGGUGUGACGCUGGUCAUUUCAGGAACAAAGAGUUGUGUUUUUGUUUUUUGUUUUUUCCAAGGAAGCAUUCAGGUUAAAUCCACACUGAAGAGAAAGAAUUUGAAACAUGAAUCAGUGAAUUCCUAGAUGGUUAAAGGUUUCACUGCCACAGUCCGGGGAAAAAGCUUGAAUCUCAUUUUGAGUCACUGUACACACAGCGAUGAAAACAAAGUUCAGACAUGUGACAGAUACGUCAAAUGGCUCAGAUGUGCUCUGUGUGCUUUCCUGAGCAGGAUACUGACUGAUGUAAUUUACCACUCUUUUAAAAGUCUAGUGCUCUCUGCUGCGGUAGUGUCAAAUAACAGUCUCUCUCUCUUUCUCUCUCUCUCUCUCUCUCUCUCGAUUCAGUUCAAUUUCAAUUCAAUUAGCUUUAUUGGCAUGGCUGCAUAUUAUACAGCCAUACCAAUAAAGCAUGGCUUUCUACUAUGGCUCUAUUACAGGGUAGCACUGCUACAUCACCAUAAAUGUUUUUAUAACUGAACCAGAAACAGUCCAUUAUGGCAUAUACAACACUGCUGAAUAUAUUUGUUUAUAUAUUUGUAUCUAAAUAUUUAUUUGUAAUUUUUAAACUUGAAGCAAAUUUAUGUAGAGCCUUUUUACAGUUUUUGAUUUAACAAAGUACUGACACAUCUUGAAAAAUACGGCAGUUUAUAGAGCGGCUGCCCUGUCACGCAAAAAUAAUGGAAAAUGAGGGUUUGAAUAUUGUCACAGAAAGCAUUAGUGACGCUUCUGGAAAAUGACCGCAUAAAGAAUCUGAGGUGAGCUUUCAGGUUGUGUUGGAGAGACAGUCCAAGAUACACUGAAACUGCAGGGGAGCCCUCAACAUGACGACAGUAUAUUAUCUCUGUACCAUGUUUUUUUAUGGAAUGGCACCACUGGAAGCCAACUUUAAAGGAAUACUCCAGUGUUUUGGGGAAAAAUCCCCUUUUUCCAACUUAUCCAAACUGAGACAAGAUGUUUGAUACUGUUUUCACCUCUGUAUGUCCAAUGGUUUGGUUCCUAUGGGUAGCAUCUCUAGUUAGCUUAGCAUAAUGCCUUGACAUCUAUGGGAGUCACAGCAACUGUGAAGCUGUCUUAUUUACUCAGUGCAUCAUGUGUAUUUGAAAUACACAUCUUGGGAUUUAUCCACGCAAAAUGUUGGAGUAUUCCUUUAAUAACCUUGCUGUGCAGUUUCAUAAGCAACUACAAUCUUGCAUUGAGCAUUCCUGUCUGCUUUCUGGCUUUUCCGACCCUCCUCUCUCUCUCUCUUAUUUUUUUUCUUUUUUUCCUCUUCUCAAUCAGGGACAUAGACUUAGUGAAGCCUAUUCAUGCUUUUGUCACACUGGAGUUGCCACAAUAUCAACGUUCAUUCCUGGGUCACCAGUUAACUGUUAAAAGCCUUUUUUAUAAAAAUAACAAUAAUAAAAAUACACUCUUGUUUAUGUACCUGUGAAGGUGUUCUCCGCCAUGAAGCAGAAUGUAUUCUCAUCCAACUCUCCUUGUUAAAUAAAGCUAAUAGAUCGAUAGGUAGAAAGAAACAAGCAGUAAAUGUAAGUCAAAAGAGACUGAGCCCAGUGUGUUUGCAUUCUGUGUGUGUGUGUGUGUGUGUGUGUGUGUGUGUGUGAUUCUGACAGUGUGUGGUAAAACUGUCUCUUCCUUGUUCUAGUCGCUGGUAGGUGUUUACUCUGUGGGAUCGGUACUUUGGCCAGGAUUAACCUCCAUAUAAACACCUCUAAAGCCAGCUGGAGGCUGGCCGUGGUGCCGUUCAGCAAGCUAAACAUCAUAGUUGGUUUGGAGAGGCUUACUAAGGAGCCGGGACUCUCCAGAGCAAAUAUUUAGCUUGUAAAUGGCCACUUCGCUGCUCCGGGGGUAGGCGAAAGGCGGGCAGAAUGACAAGACCGAAAACUGGACAUGCGUUUACUUUUUCCUGCCCGUCCUGCAGUAAAAAUGCAGUCAGCUUGAAUUCCCCAGCUGUUUCUUGACAGUAAGCUCACUCAUCUUUUGCCUUACAUUGGAACAGAAUUUACAUGGAAAGAGUUGUGAUUCAGAGACAUUUAAUGCAUAAUUGCAUAACAUGGAUUUAGUGGCUUUUUUUUUUUUAACCUAUGGUGACAGCCUUAUUCAAGAAAAAUAAUGAAUGACAUGACUUUUGCCUUAUGCUUAUUCUGGUGCUCAGUGAUGGGCAUAAGAGAAGCAACAAGGAGCAGGGACACACACACACACACACACAGAUGUUCUCCAAUAUUGUCUGUUUUAUUCAAAAUGGGUUUAUUAGUCUGUGGCUCGAACCUUGCGAGCACUUUCCUAGAACAGGGAUUAGACUGGAGACUGGAGGUCUAAAUACAUAAAGUAGACCUUAAUAAGUGUAAAGCAAGGAUGUGAUUAGUGUGUGUGAUUUUUUUUUUUUGUUUUCUGUCAUACAAGUGAUCUUUAUAUGUCUUUCAUCAUAUGACUGAAAGGCUUCAUAUUGUGGACGUUGCUCUGAACGUUUAUUCAAAAGUGAAUUUGUUUCUUUAUUUGUCAGGUAUCAGAAACUUGAACCAGUGCUAAUGAAUGUGUGUCAUACUCUGUUUUCUGCAAAAAGGUUUAAUUGGCUUUGAAAUGUCUUACCAGUCACAUCAUCAUGGUUUUCUACUUGGAUUCAUAUUCCAGCCUCUGAACAUUAGCUUAUAACGAGGAUGGAAAUGAACAAUUCAACACAGGCAGCGUGAAUAAUAUAGGAACAAGGGAGUGUGAAACUGAAUGAUACAUUGAUCAUAGCCACUGCAAAAAUUUGAAAAUGCAUUGCCUCAUAAUGUUGUAAGUGUAUCAUGGUCAUUCCCUUUGGCUACACAAAUUUUAGAGACCACAUAUACAGUAUUUAUUUACUACAGUGUGUGGAUGGUAAGACAGCAGAAUUUGGAUGAGUAUAACUCCACUCUGUGUCUCUUCACAUGAUCAUGAUGUGUUUUUCAUUCAUUUCUUUUCUUUGAAUUUGCUUUUUUUUUAUUCCAUUAUAUUUGCAAGCACUUUUUACAGGCCUCGCAACGGAUUUUUACAUCUUCACAUGUCACAUAUCACAUAUUGUCACAUGUUAGACGGCACUGGAUUGUGGUGUGUUGUGGUUGCAGAGCUAAAUGUAACUCGGCCUUUGUCGGCCAUGUUGGCUCCAGACAUGCAGCUUCACACCACGCGGCCAAACGCAGUCAACAGCUCUUUGGUUUCCCUUAUUGAGGGAGGCUGGUAAUGUCACCAAACCUUGCUGAUCGAUCAUUACACACACACACACACACACACACACACACACACCUCUCACUCCAGACAAACCGAAGUAAAUGCUCAACGUCCCUCAGUUGCUGAUGGAUUCCUGUCUCAUUACAGCCACAGAAGCAAGAUAGGGAGGUAUUUUUUAAAAGUUUUGUCAUGAGUUAUAAAUAAUAUGACACAUAAGAUGUAUGAUAUAAUGUAUGAUUUUGUGUUUGCUAAAUUAUUAUACAUGAAGAAAAUAAACAGAAAUGUUAGUAUGA